UCUUCUCUAAACUCUAUGGCUGGAUCAUAGAACAAAGAAACUCAGGUAGGAAACCAAAAAAUUUCAGAGCCAAACCAAAAAUCCCUCAACCUGUCAUUACUUUCCUCCCCUUUACUCCUCCUCGUGUUCUCUCUGCAAGGCUUUAUCGCUCUACAUUCACAUUCUUAUAAAUGAAGGGUCACGAGUAAUUUGUAUUCCAUUUUCCAAAUCAUUAUCACAAUGGAAUGCAACAAAGAUGAAGCAAUCCGAGCCAAAAAUAUUUCUGAAAAUAAAAUGAAAAACAACGAUUUCGAAGGGGCCCGCAAAUUCGCUUUAAAAGCCCAAAAACUCUUCCCUGAACUUGAUAACAUUUCCCAAAUAAUAACUGUUUGUGAUGUCCAUUGUUCAUCUCAAAAAAAGAUAAACAAUUCCCAAAAGGACCUUUAUGGAAUCCUUCAAGUCGAAAACAUAGCAGAUGAGGCAACAAUCAAGAAACAGUAUAGAAAACUCGCACUCAUUCUUCACCCCGAUAAAAACAAAUUCCCAGGGGCAGAAUCGGCAUUUAAACUCAUCUGUGAAGCAAAUAUGACCCUUUCUGAUAAAGAGAAACGGUGUUUAUACGACUUUAAAUGUAAAGAAUCCGCAAAUCCCGAAAUUCAAAAACCGCAAAGUCAAAAGUCAAAAUCGGAUACGAAUGGUCAAAAGUCAACGUUUUGGGUGAAUUGCCCUUUUUGUCUGAUAAAGUAUGAGUAUGAUCAAGCAUUUUUUACCAAACAAAUUCGUUGUCCAAAAUGCUUCAGACUCAUUAUGGGUUUUGAUGGUGGACCCCAACACCAACGGUCAACCGAUGGGUCAACUGGUGUGGGUGGUUCGAACCAACGGUCGGAUACGGGUCAACCCGUAAAACAAGAGGUUGAGAAAACUAGCAAAAGGACACGGGUUGUUGAUGAAAAAAGCCCGGGAAAAAAGUCAAAAGUAUCGAGUUCCAAAAUUGAAGAGAAGAAUGAUGACGUGGAAGCAAUGUAUAUAGAUUGUAAAGAUCCGGAGUUUACUAAUUUUGAUAAAGAAAAACAGAAAGAAUGUUUUGAAGUUGAUCAAAUUUGGGCUUGUUAUGAUCCGAUUGACGGGAUGCCAAGAUUCUAUGCACAAAUCCGAAAAGUUUUUAAAUCCGGGUUUCGGGUACGGAUCACUUGGUUAGAAGCGGAUCCGGAUAACCCGCCCGAGAUUAAAUGGGCCGAAGAAGGGUUACCGGUUGCUUGCGGUAAAUUCAUUCGUGGUGAAACCGAGGAAACGCAGGACUCUCUCAUGUUCUCUCACCGCAUCGCGUUUUCACAUGGGAAAAAACGGUUUUCGUAUUUUAUUUACCCUAAAAAAGGUGAAAUAUGGGCUCUUUUUAAAGAUUGGGAUAUAAAUUGGAGCUCCGAUCCGAAAUCCCAUAUGAAAUAUAGAUUUGAAAUUGUGGAGAUUCUUUCCGAUUUCGAAAAUGAAAACAAUUCUGGUGUUGUUGUUGCUAGUAUGGUGAAAGUAAAAGGUUUUGUGGGCUUGUUCCAGAGAACAAGCCCAUUACAGCUCGUUGGGCGGAGGAUUCCGCCCAACGAGCUGUUCAGAUUCUCUCACCGUGUCCCGUCAGUAAAACUGACGGGCACGGAACGAGCAGAUGUCCCUGUCGGAGCUUUCGAGCUCGACACUGCGUCUCUUCCGGACGACCUAAACGAAUUCUAUACCGAACCGCCGAAAAACACGGAAUUUACGUGUUUUCAUGAUUUUGAAUCGGAUCGUAGGAGUUGGAAGUUUCGCGAGGGUGAGAUAUGGGCGAUUCGUAAACCCGAGGACCAAAAUCGUAAAUGUUACGCACAAAUUAAAAAAAUCGAAUCCUCUUUACAUGUAGAUCUACUCGAAUUAUGCACAUCUAACGACAUGACUAGGCCAAAUGCGUGUGGUUUGUAUAAAGCUUCAAAUGGUGGAAGGCGGAUAAUUUCUCGGGAUUCUUUUUUGUUUUUUGUGAAAGCCGAACUUAAUGGAAGGAAUCGGUUUAAUAUAUAUCCAAAUGAAAAGGAGAUUUGGGUGUUAUACAAUAAGCAUGAUGAGGAUUCCAUGUGUACAUUUGCUGACGUGGAAGGUGAAAGUGAGGUUGUUGAAGUUGUUGAGAGAAAUGGAGAUAUGAUAAAGGUUAUAUGUCUUUCACGUGUGAGUGGUUAUAAGUCAGUUUUUAGGGCUUCUGAGGUUGAAAAGUCAAAGUCUAGGGUUUUGGAGAUACCAUGUGGUGAGUUUAACAGAUUCUGUUAUCGGGUCCCGGCUUUUCUGUUAACUGAUGAGGAAGAUGGGAAGUUGAGAGGUUGUUGGGAGCUUGAUGUUUCAUGUGUUUCGGGCACUUCAGUUGCUUUUUGGUGAUUAAUUUGGCAGUUUUGGGCUAUCAAGUGUUAACAUUUUUGGUUUAGUUUUUAGGUCGCAUUAAAAGCCAGUUCUAAAUAUAAAUAUAAUACUAAAUAGUUUAUGGUUUACAUUAUCUAAUUUUAUGUUGGUUUAAAAAAUGAACCAUAUGACAUGUUAAGUUAUUAAUCUUUAUACUCAAAAGCGCAUUAAAGUAA